AUGCCAUCUAUAAAUAUGAAACUGGAGAUGGUGACCAUCAUCGCCUGCGAGGUAGAUACCGACGUGUUUACGUCCGACAAAAUGCAGGAGCGGUUUGAGGCCUUGUUCAGGAUCUAUGACGAGCAGACGUCCUUCCAGAUGUUCAAGAGCUUCAGGCGAGUCCGCAUCAGUUUCAGCACUCCGGAGGCGGCCGCCCGCGCUCGUGUCGAGCUCCACGAGACCGAGUUCAACGGGAAGCAGCUCGAGCUUUACUUUGCCCAGGUUCAGAACUCUGGGGAGGACAUAGACAAGUCGUACCUGGCCCCUCCCGCGCCCGUCAAACAGUUCCUCAUCUCGCCCCCCGCCUCGCCGGCCGUGGGCUGGGGCCAGAGCGAAGACGCAACUCCCGUCAUCAACUACGACCUGCUGUGUGCUGUGGCCAAGCUAGGCCCAGGGGAGAAUUAUGAGCUGCAUGCGGGCACGGAGUCAACCCCCAGUGUUGUAGUGCAGGUGUGCGACAGCGACGCCGAAGACGACAACAACGCCGAAGCGCGUCCCAAGCAGAGACAGCAGAUUGUCCAAACCCGGCGCCCCGAUGGACCACCGCAAGUCCUCAACUAG